AAGUCGGCUACACAUCAAACUCUCAAGAGCAGCCACAAGAAAAAUAUAGCCAACAGAACAUUUUAGUGUCAUUGGAUUAGACUGAAAAUCUCUUGGGAAACAUGCAAUCUACAGUUUUUACUAUCUUGUUUGUUAAAUUGUGUUUAACUUUACAUGGAAUGACAGCAGUGUUAGCUGAACUUCCAAGUCCCAGUAACAUCAGGAUUAACUCGGUCAACAUGGGACUAGUGUUGGAGUGGGAUGCCCCUCAGAACCACACAGAAAACAUAACCUACAGAGCAGAGUACAGGAGCUUGGUCAGCAGCUAUUUGGUUGUAUGUUGGAACACAACAGCCCAAAGCUGUGACUUCACCAGUCAUCUAAACCAAUAUGGAGUGUACAAUUUUCAAGUGAGGGCAGAACGAAAGGGGGACACAUCUCACUGGAUGGUGACUAAGCAGUUUGUCAUGGAUAAACACACCACGCUAGGCCCUCCCGGUGUGACGCUUGUCUCCAGUGGUGCUGACAUUGAAGUGAGCAUCAAAGACCCAGUGCUCAGGAUCUCUGAGUUCAAAGACAUCUACAGCCACGCAACCUUUAACAUCACCUACUGGAAAGAGGGCCAGGAGGAGAAGGCCAAAAGGACGAAUGACACCCAGCUGCGUAAAGUGGUCUUGGCACUGGAGCCAUGGACCAGGUACUGUGUUCAAGUCUGGGCGUACACCCUGAGGUUCUCCAAACACAGCCAGCCCAGCAAUGUUACGUGUGAGAGCACCGGUAAGGGCAAUGACAGGCCCUGGGUGGUAGCCCUGGUGAUGGCUGUGGCAGUGGCCCUGCUGGCCUUGGCCUUCUGGUACUGCUACUGGGUGGUCCACUUCCUCAGACCCAAGGACAAGUUGCCUGAACAUUUCACAGAGUUGCUGUUGGAUCCCCCGUGCUCCUCCAUCCUGGCCAUGCAGAGCAGCCCCCAGCCUGAGAAGGUGUACCACAAGGUCAGCAUCAUGCCAGGUGGGGCAGAGACCUAGGAGAGCUCUAUCUGGGGGUUGGAAGAACGUAAUACACACAGACUGGCAGACAACACUGUGUUCAAGAGUAUCAAAACUGUGAUGUAUCGUGUGAAUUGCGACUGACAGAUCUACAAAUAAUAUUGAGAAGUUAUUUAUGAUGCAAGGUGAUUUGUUGAUCAGUCAGUCUUGACUCGCCUUUAAAGCCGGCUGCAAUGUCGAACGCGCCCAAUCACAAAGAUGUUGAAGUGGAUGGGGAAGAUAUGGGUCAAAAAGAGGAAGAGAGUAGACCGAUGUGAAGGAAGAAAAGAGGACAAGGACUAAAAUGGAUGGCAGAAAAGAGGAUAUGUAUCUUACUGAGAACAGAGAAAUAAUAUUCUAACUGACAUCAGGGAUUUAGUGAUUUAUUAAUCACUAUGAUGAAAUGCUAAGAGAGCUACUUAUUGUAAUGUAUUUAUUUAUGUGACCUUUAUGUGUAUGAUAAUGAUCAAUAUUGCCUAUCAUUCAUUAUGGCCAUGCAUGAUAAGCCUAUACUGGCAUUUUUGGGGUAUCAUGGUAUAGGGCAAAGGAAUGGUUCAACCACUAUGUCAUCAGAGAGAGUUCUAAUGUUUAACUGACUUACAACACAGUCCAAAUGGCACAGGACCAGGGGGGGAGUAUUACAUGGUCUCAGUGUUUAUGCCUUGAUGCACUCUGUGUUUAUAAAGAAUAUUUAAAGGACCAAUGCAGCCAUUUUUAUCUAAAUAUCAAAAUCAUUUCUGAUUAACAAUGAAAACAAUCACAGUAAGGUACUUCAAUUAAAAUGGUUAAAAAUAAACAUUGCUUUUUAGCAAA